AUGACACAAAUAGAUCCUAAAAAUAGUAAUAGUAAUGACGGUAAUAUAUCUAUACUUAAAGAAAAGUUUGAGAAAGUGAAAUCUGAUAUUGAUCUAAUUGGUACUGAGGUGGACGGCGAAGUUGCCGACUUGUCAACGUGGAAGACAGAGGCUGAUAAGGUUGUGAAGGAAGCGAAAAGAAAAGGCCACUCAGCUUUGGCUGCAUCUGUCGACGCAAAGCGGGAGUUACCACAGCUGUGCAAGACGCUGUCAGAAAAUCGCCGCGUUAGAUGGUAUGGUGACUCAGGGAUUGAGAAUUUUAAAGGGAAAAUUACGCCUACAAUUAGUGGCUGCUUAACCAAUUUGAAAGAUAUAGAUUUUGCCGGUGGCCGGGUAAUAAAACUUGGCACGUUGUCAACUAAAGGUCAUGUGGGAGAGUGGCUUAAAAAUAACUUGCAGAGUAGUAGUGGUUUGAACGGUGCAUUUAAAUCUCUCGGUCAAGAUAAUGAGUCCAUUCUACAAAGCAUUUUUAAUGUGCUGAAAGUAGAAAAUAUAGUGAAUGGUCAAAGAGAUGUCACAUUUUUUAAAGCAUUGGAUGAAGAUAUACACAAUGCUAUUAAGGACAUUAUAAAUUUGAAAAAUCUGAGCGACCCUAUGCAGUCUCUUCGUACCGAGUUAAAUGGAGAUGGUCUUCAUAGGGCAGUGAGUGGUAUUACAGUGAAGGUCAAAGAUCUUACUGAUCAAGUAAAUCAGCAAGCAGAGUCUUCUUUGAUAGACGGUUAUUUUGACGGCAUUUGGAAUGCGCUAGAUGAUCUCUGCAGUGGAGUUCAAAACCUAGUCGAAACAACCGGAAACGGCGGUAUAAAGAAGGACGGUGUCAAUCCACGUCUGAAUGAGCUUGAAAAGGGGCUUCAGACAACCAAGCUGCGUGAUUCUAAAAAUGGGCUUCAUGAUAUUCAUGCUCACCUUGGUCAGUUACAAAUCAGGAUUGCCGAGGUGACCAAAGCUGAUGCCAGUACAAAAGUGGCUGAUAUCAUUGCCGAACUUGAAGGCCUGCCCGAACUGCUUAAUAGGAAGAGAUCAGACGCGGAAGGAACAUGGAUGAUUUGA